ACAUGCCAACCGUACACGUGUCCCUAUGUACAGUGGGUUGCAACAUCGGCAGCACCCUCCUCAAUGAAGGUUAACUCCGUGUAGUAAUGGUAAAUCCAUCUUUAUUAAUUUGUGGAAAAUUGGAGCCAUUCUUAAUUUGGAAGAUUUUGGGAAUCGGCGCUUAAUUAAGAUUCGGGUUGUUUUUAAGCCUACCUGCUUGCUUCCAUGAAUUUGAUGUUGAAGGCGAACCCUAACCCUAACCCUAAAGAUGACGCUAAAAAGACCCGAACUGUCGAUCUUGGAAACGGAAGCAGUGUAAUUUACGUUCCCAGGUUUUUAGCAUAUGAUGUCGCCUGGGAAUUCUUCAAUUACCUCGACAAUCACAUCCCUUGGACCAGACCCACCCUUCGCGUCUUUGGCCGAUCUUGCACUCAGCCUAGAGACACAUGUUAUGUUGCAAGUGCAGGGUUGCCGGACUUGAUUUACAGUGGAUAUCAGCCUCAUGCUUAUUCUUGGGAUGAUUUCCCCCCACUUAAGGACAUUUUGGAUGCGGUCCAUAAAAUGCUUCCUGGCAGUACAUUUAACAGCUUGCUUUUAAAUCGGUAUAAAGGGGGUAACGACUAUGUAGGUUGGCAUAGUGAUGACGAGAAGCUCUAUGGAUCAACCCCGGAAAUUGCUUCUGUUUCCUUUGGAUGCGAACGGGAUUUUAUCCUGAAGAAGAAAAGUGGCAAAUCAUCCCAAGAGAGAAGAUCUGAUGACAAACCUCCAUUGAAGAGGUCCAGGAAGAGCAGCCAAGAUGAUCAACACUCGUUCAUGCUCAAGCACGGAUCUCUGUUGGUAAUGAGAGGGAACACUCAGCGUGACUGGUUACACUCUGUGCCUAAGCGUGCAAAGGUGGAGACGACUCGAAUUAAUCUCACCUUUAGGCUUGUUCUGCAGGAGUGAAUAUGUAUGUAUUGGUUAGCACUGGAUUUUGGUUUGGAAGGUCUGUAUGGCCGUGUUGUUGGAUCUUAGAUCCCAAUUUUGUGUACAUCCAAGCAUGAUGAUGCAUCGAUAAUGGAUGUAGCUGUCUUAGCUUAGCUAUGCAUUUGUUGCAAGUAAGCUAGCUUGAAUAUAGUUUUACUGUAUUUAUCAAUCUAUGGAAUAUCAAUAUUUAAGGGAUAAAUUCUCAAAGCUGUAAGCUAUUUUGUAUAUUAAAUUAAAAUUUGUGUAA